AAGAUCUUUGGCUUGCUCAUUGUCUACUUCUGUUCUCUGCCAGAUAUUUUCAUUGUGUGUGUGUGUGUAAAGUCUUGAUAAAAACUUGGAGAGACUGGGAGAUUUUCCAAUUUUGAGGAGAAUUCAGGUGUAAUCCUUGCUCAUGGCUUCAACUUCCGCCUUCCUUGUAUCGCCCCCACUGAGCUCUCGGCCCAAUGAUCUAGUCGUUUGCUGUGUGUCCCCAGCUUGUGGAAUCAUCCAAUCCGGUAUUAAUAUCAGCAGGUCUUACUUGCGAUAUCGUCCAAAGCGAAGGUACUUCAGGACAGUUUCUCAAGCUAGUACAGUGGCGGUGCCUCCUGUGGAGGAAACUAGAGAAUGUUCUUUACCUACUUGGGCUGAAUUCGAACUAGGAAGAUCUCCUGUGUACUGGAAAACUAUGAACGGUCUCCCUCCAACUUCUGGAGAAGAUCUAACUCUCUUUUACAAUCCUGCUGCAACGAAAUUAACCCCAAAUGAUGAGUACGGAGUUGCAUUCAACGGAGGGUUUAAUCAACCUAUUAUGUGUGGUGGUGAACCGAGGGUUAUGAGGAAGAAAGAUCGAGGAGAAGCUGAUCUUCCAAUUUAUUCGAUUAAAAUACGAGCUCCUAAACAUGCUGUCAACCUAAUAUUUUCGUUCACAAAUGGAGUUGUCUGGGAUGGUCCGUAUAAACUGCAAUUUCAAAUUCCGAAGGCAUGGAGGAACAAACCAACUAGCUUCUUCAAUGAGGGUUUGGCAGACGAAUUGAGCAAAGAAGGUGCUUGCGCUGAAGCAAUCUUUCCAGACUCUUAUGUGGUCAUUGAAAGCUGUGAAAUUGAAAAUUUGUAUUAUGAAGGGGGUGAUCGCUGCAAGUUGGACCUUGUGCCCGGAUGCAUGGAUCCAGAUUCACCAAAUUAUGAUCCCUUCGCCAAUGUUGAUGAUGGCUCUUGCCCAUUGGAAUCAGACUCGGAGGAGGAAUAAAAAGAGAGAUACUGUGCAGGUUUUCCAGCUAAAAGUUGGUAGUGAAAUUCAAAAGUUCCAUACUAAACAAGAUAUUACUUGUGCAGAUGCGCUACCACAGAUAAUUUGAGUAGGAUUGGAGGAUUCUCCCUUUGUGUUGUAUAUAGAUAUAUUACCAGGUGACGUGCAAAUUAUGCUUUGCUUCUUCGAUGAGUUCCCUUGAUAAGAUACGAGACUGUGAUCGCAUUUCUAAACAGAUAAAAGAAAUAAUAUUGAAGAUUUUGUGUCAUGCAA